AUGUGUGCAGUAAUUCACCUAAAGCUGGUGAUUGCUGCAGCACCAUUGUACUGUUCAUCUCCGUUGGUUUUGUGUUCAAUUGGGGUGAUUUUUCAGCAUUACCCACUAUACAGAGAAUCAGAUAGCGUAUGUACUGAGUCAGACGCACCUUUAUCCAGAAGAAAUCUCUUCGAAGAACGUUGGGAUUGUCUUUCAAAGGAGUCCACUGAGUAUCUCAUUGAGAGUUUAUUGCCUCGAGCGGCGUUUGGUGCGCAUACGCACAAUAGUUGUUUAAUACGUCACAGUUUAGUGCCCAGACCGGAGCAUAAAAUAGAGUUUGUUGAAUAUACAGUGCCCUCGUUUUCGUGGAGGAAUAGAUUGGAUCCGAAGUAUUAUUUGCUAACCGUAACCCCGUACGAGGUAAAGGUGGCCAAGUGCGAGUUGACCCGAGAGGUAACAAUUCAGGUCACGGCUGUGCUCCUAAUUCUUGCUCUAGUCGUCUAUAUACAAUACUACAAUACGAGGUCUUACAGGCAUCUGUGA